AUGAUCAGUCUGGUCUUUUUCUUCUUUUAUCAUGUUCUUAUCACCUCUGCAGAUCAUUACCUCUCUGGGGAUAUAGCUAUCGACUGUGGUUCCACAGGCAUUUCAACUGCCUUCAGUGGCAGGGAAUGGAUUGGAGAUAUAAAAUCAAAAUCUACUACGUCGCCACAAAUAAAAGGCUCAUCCACCAGCUCAAGCGUCGUCCAUAAUUUGGUUUCCACAGAUCCUGUUCCCUACAAGACAGCACGAAUUUCUCGAACACAAUUCUCUUAUAUUUUCCGAUUAAGCGCAGGUCACAAAUUUAUACGCUUUCACUUUAGUCACGGUUCAUACCGAAGUUUUAAAAAGUCAAUGGACUUUUUCACUGUCCAAGCUGGGCCUUACACCCUCCUCAGUAACUUUAGUGCUUCGAUAACUGCUGAUGCACUUGGUGUAAAAUCUUUCGUUAAGGAAUACUGCAUCAAUAUAGGAGAAAAUCGAACUUUGGACAUAAUCUUUUCUCCGGAACAUAGCCUGUCAUAUAAAACAUAUGCUUUCAUAAAUGGAAUUGAGGUAAUAUCCAUGCCUCCUGAUCUUUAUUACUCUCAUGUUGGCGAUCUUGGAGCCCAAGUGGUUGGCCAAAAAUCUCGAAUCUACAUUGAUAACAGCACUGCACUUGAAGUCAUGCACCGAUUAAAUAUCAUUUGGAAUACCAUCCCAUUAGUAGAUAAUUUUGGUAUUUUUAGGAUGUGGGGAACCGUUUCAAAUAAAAAGGUGAACAAGGUCAACAAUUUCACCUGGAAUAUACCUGUGGAUGUUGGAUAUGGGUACUUGGUGAGGCUUCAUUUAUGUGAGAAAGGACUUCAGAUGGCUGAGACCGGCCACCUGGUAUUUAGGGUCUUCAUAAAUGACAUGAUUGUCGAAACAAAUGUCGAUAAAUGGAAGGUUGGCAAUGACAUUCUUUGGUACAGAGACUACAUUGUGAUGGUGAAAGGACGCAAAAACGAGGGCAGGCGUGAUAUACUGAUUGUCCUUCAGAUAAAGGAUGCCCUAAAGGGAUUGGAGAUAUUAAAGUUGAGCAACCAAGAAAACAGUCUAGCUAGUCCGAACCCCUUGCCUCCUGCCCGAUCUCCAUCAUCUGUGACUCUGCAAAACUUUCUGUCUAUUUUAGGUCAUGGAAACACAAUUGCAACUGUUGCAGUGAUUAUAAUUGUUCAGGAAUAUGUCAAAGAGAUAACUAGCGCUGACGGUGUCUGGCCUUGUUCUGGGGAAACUGUCCAAUCAAUUAGUACGGAGAUACAAGAAAUGUCUUCUGUAGAGGAGAAGGAUAUCACACCUCCACUGGCAGAAAGAAACAAAUGCGAAAUGCUUCAGAAUGCUGAGCUUUUAGGCAGGGGAUCGCCAGUGGAUAAGAGAAAAACCAAUGCUUUUAAGCUAUCACGGUUUUGGCCAUGGGAUGCAUUCUGGAACAGGGUAAAAGCAUCCAAGAAAAUAGAAUUGGAUCCCUUCUCAAUAUUAGAAUAUUUUGAAGAGAAUGUGGAUUUGCAUAGGUUUGAUUGGGAAACUAUUGCAGCUGCAACAAAUAAAUUCUCGCGUUCAAAUAAUAUUGGAAUUGGUGGAUUUGGUAGUGUUUACAAGGUUGUAUUAUCUACAGGACAGGAAGUAGCUGUUAAAAAGUUUCCAUCAAAUUCCAGACAAGGCCUCGCUAAAUUGAAAAAUGAGGUUCUUCUGAUUUCCAAACUUCAGCAUCCGAAUCUCAUUAAACUACUUGGAUACUGCUUUCAUCAAGAAGAAAGUGUAAUUGUAUACGAGUUUAUGGGGAACAAAAGUCUAGAUGCUCACAUUUUUGAUGAAGCAAGACGUCAUGAACUUGGAUGGACCAUACGUUUGAAAAUCAUCAUAGGUAUUUCUCGUUGUCUUUUGGAACACAUGGCUAUAUGUCUCCAGAAUAUCUCAUGCACGGUGUAUUCAGUCUUUAGCUUUGGAGUUGUUGUCUUAGAGAUUUUGAGUGGCACAAGAAGUUACAGAACUUUUCCUGUUGGAAAACUUGUUGAGCAUGCCUGGAAGAUGUGGAACAAAGGGAAAGCAUUAGAGUUGUUGGAUAAAUCAAUAGGGAUGAGUUUUCAGCAGAUAAAGCAUUAA